AUGGAUCAGAAACCCCAGGCUCCUGACAACGGCUCAGGAGCCUCCAUCAAGAGCCAGGAGGGUCCCCAGAUGGGAGUGGUGGUCUCCAACGGCUGUUGUAACAAAGUUCCACAAAGCAGCCGCAGCUCCACACGCUCGUACUUCUUCCUGAGCGUGCUUUCCAUCAUAGCCUCCUCCUUCUUCACGGUGAACACCCCUGGGCUGCUGUGGGGCUUGCUCGCCUCCAGCCAGCCCAUCUCCUUCGCAGGCUGCGUGGUCCAGAUGGCCCUCACGGCGCUCCACGGCACCGCCGAGUGUCUGAUCCUGGCCGUCAUGGCCUACCACCGACUCGCCGCCGUCUGCCACGCUCUCCUCUACCACAGCCUCACGGCCCCACGUCUCUGUGUCCAGCUGGUGGCGGCCACCUACACAGCUUCUGUUGCCAGUUCAGCUUUGCUGACCAGGACCGUCUUCAGGCUGCCCCACUGUGGCCAAAUCAUUAACCACUAUUUCUGUGACAUCCCCCCGGUGCUCCAGCUCGCCUGCAGAGACGCAGCCCAGGCUGAGGCCGUCAUCUUCCCGUCCGCUGCCCUGGUUAUCCUCCUUACCAUCGCCGUUACCCUGGUCUCCUAUGCCUACAUCCCGGUUACCGUCUGCACGAUGCGUUCCCUCAAAGCUCAGAGCAAAGCCCUCUCCACGUGCGCCUCCCACCUCGCCCUCCUCUGCCUCUUCUACGGCACCACCACCUCUAUGUACACCCAGCCAAGCUCUUGCAGCUCCUCGGAACAGAACGAGGUGGUGUCUGACUUCCACAUGGUGACCAUCCCCUCGCUGAACCCUCUGAUCUACAGCCUGAGGAAUACAGACGUGAAGGCUGCUCUGAAGAAGAGAUGCCUCAGCCUGCCGCCUUCCUAA